GAAUAUCAGCCUUGGGGUAGGCGAGACAAUCACCGUGGAGACCCUCGGAGGCCUGGAACCCGUUCCCCUGGCCAAUGAGUCCUUCCUGAUGCGUGGUCAAGUGGUCCGUGGCCCCACCAACCAGGUGCUGGUCCGGUUCCAGAGCCCUUCUCCUGCCAAUCCGGGCUCCUUCCACUUCCACUUUGAAGCGUACUUGCUCAGCUGUGUCUUCCCUGUGCGGCCCGCGUACGGCGACGUCUCUGUCACCAGCACUCACCCGGGGGGCCAAGCGUGCUUCUCCUGCGUCGUCGGGUACCAGUUGGUGGGGAAGCCCUGCCUGGCAUGCCUCAAUGCCACCCAUCCCUUCUGGAGCAGCCAGGAGCCCACCUGCAUCGCGGCAUGCGGAGGCGUGAUCCAGAAUGCCACCACCGGACGCAUCGUGUCGCCAGGCUUCCCGGCCAACUACAGCAACAACCUCACCUGCCACUGGGUGCUGGAGGCGCCCCCCGGGCAGCGGCUGCACCUGCAUUUCGAGAAAGUCUCCUUGGCAGAGGACGACGACAGGCUGAUCAUCCGUAACGGCAACAACAUCGAGGCGCCCCCGGUGUACGACUCGUACGAGGUCGAGUAUCUGCCCAUCGAGGGGUUGGCCAGCACCAGCCGUGGCUUCUUCGUCGAGUUUUCCACAGAUAGUGGCGGCGUGGCUGCUGGGGUGGCCCUGCGCUAUGAAGCUUUCCGGCCCGGUCACUGCUACGAGCCCUUCGUCAAGUACGGGAACUUCACCUCCAGCAACGGGAGCUACAAAGUGGGCACCACCGUGGAGUUCACCUGUGAGCCCGGCUACACCCUGGAGCAAGGCUCGGUCAUCAUCGAGUGCGUGGAUCCCUCCAACCCCCAGUGGAAUGAGACGGAGCCGGCCUGCCGAGCGGUGUGCAGCGGGGAGAUCACGGAUGCAUCCGGAGUGGUUUUGUCCCCCAACUGGCCCGAACCAUACGGAAAGGGGCAGGAUUGCAUCUGGGGCGUCCAUGUGGAAGAGGACAAGCGCAUCAUGUUGGACAUACGUGUGUUGCGCCUUGGCAAAGGGGACACGCUGACCUUCUACGACGGGGACGACCUGACGGCCCGCAUCCUGGGCCAGUAUUCUGGCUCCCACCGGCAUUUCCAGCUCUUCACCUCCAUGGCUGACAUCACCGUCCAGUUCCAGUCGGAUCCCGGGAGCAGCGCCGUGGGUUACCGGCACGGUUUCAUCAUCCAUUUCGCCGAGGUUCCCCGCAACGACACCUGUCCGGAGCUGCCAGAAAUUCCCAACGGCUGGAAGACGACCUCGCACCCGGAGCUGAUCCACGGGGCAGUGGUUACCUAUCACUGCUACCCCGGCUACGAGUUGGUGGGCACCGAGCUCCUGAUGUGCCACUGGGAUUUGGUGUGGAGUGGGGACCUGCCCUCCUGCCAGAGAGUGACCGCUUGUCCAGACCCCGGAGACGUGGAGCACAGCCGUCGCGUGGUCUCCGCCAACAAAUUCCCGGUGGGCUCCGCCAUCCAGUUCCUCUGCGACAAAGGCUACCUCCUGGCCGGCACCGGGGAAAUCGUCUGUCACGACCGGUCGGCCGGCGGUCCCAAGUGGAGUGACCGGCUGCCCAAAUGCAUCCCCGAGGUCUACGAACCCUGCACCAACCCAGGUGGACCCGAACACAGCACUCAGCACCCCGAAAAACGGCUCUACCAAACCGGGACUACCCUGCGCUUCACCUGUGCCACCGGCUACCUGCCGCUGGGCAGCACCGUCCUCCGAUGUCUGCCUGGGCACCCGUCGCACUGGAGCAGCCCUCCCCCGCUUUGCAAAGCCGCCUCCGGCGAUGAGUUACAUGCCAACCCGAAGCUGGACGCUGUGGCCAAAGUGAUGCCAGCCAGGGACCCCUUGCAAGGGUCCAGCGUGGCUUUUGCUGUCUUCCUACCGGUGGCUGUCGUUGGGCUUCUCCUGGGCACCGUCUACCUGUGUAUUUCCAGGCAUCAGGGGAAGUCUUCGCUGCCGGCCCCUCUGUCAGCUUCACCAUCCUACGACCAAAUGGCUGAAGAUUCGGCUUUUGACAAUCCCACCUAUGAGACUGGAGAGAUGCCGGCGGCAGCGUAUGAAGUCUCCAUCUAGGGCAGAAGCCGCCCCUCGAGGGGGGAGCCGGAGGGGCAGGCCCCACCCCCCUGGAUCACGGAGGCUCCCCCGCUCCUCCCCACACUGAGGAAGGACCUGUAAAUACCUCCCAGGAGGACCAUCACGCGAGGGGCUGCUGGCGGAUGGUGCAUCCCCUUCCAGGACCCCCCGGCAGCUGCAACAUCGGCCCCCAGCCCUUUCUCAGCCAGGAGGGUCUCCUGUCCUGCUGACCCACCUGGGAUGUUCCCCCCCCCCAUCUUCCUUCCAGAUCUCUCUAAAAAUGCUCCUCACCAAGCUCUUGAGAUGCCUCCUGGACAAUCUUCAGCAACCAUAAUGGGAUCCCUAACUUUUUCAAGCCCGGGAUGAGACCCCCUGAACAGCCUGCCCCAGUGAGGGUUCCCUAGAGCGAGACACCCCC